AUGAAAUUGAAAAACAACAUCUGUGCUCACUAUAACAAUCUGAACUCUGAUCAAGUUCCCGACCUUCCUUUUAUAAGCCAGGUUGAGGAAAUGCUUAUUGUUCGGGUUCAUGUGUUUGUGGAAAUCCGUCAGGUUCGCGGCCAGCAAUACAAGUACAAGGGUCAUGUUGUCAACUUCCUUCGAGACACUGGCCACAUUUACAAUAGUCUUCCACUGCUGCUCAAAGACCUUGAUAUCAUUGUUUUGCGGCCCUCAAAUACGUCUGCUGAUCCCCGCCUCUCCCAUCAAUUCCGUCGCGAUUUCAUUGUCCAAAAGGCUGUUGUUAAACAAUGGCUAGCUUUUCUUCGAGUUAACCAUCCUGGCUAUGCCAACAUCGAUAUUAACCAGGAGGCUCUAGAGGCAUUACCAGUCAAUGAGGAUGUUACAGAUCAGUUAAUGAUUGAAGAUAUUGAAGAUGCUCAGCUGAAUAAAGAGAUCAACUCUGAUGAUAUAGAUAAUUCCUCUGAAUGUGCAGCAGUGCCUGAUCUUCUUGCCCACAAUGAAGAAGUGGAGCAGCUUCGCCAGGAAUUUGAACAGACACAAAACUCUGAAUCAGAUCUGCAGCUGCAACCACAGCUGCAACAGCCACAAAUUCUGCAACAUGAGUUAACAAUGCCAUCCUUCUGCAACACUUCUUUUGAUGAGUUCAACAACACUUAUUCUCUACUCUCUUGA